AUGGCAACAGCCUCAUCUCAGUCAUGGUUAGACGAGGAGCUGACCUGCUCUAUUUGCCUGCAGGUCUACACCGACCCAGUGACCCUGGCGUGCCAGCACAGUUACUGCCGUUCGUGUAUCGAGGAGUUCUCGCCCCAGAGCUGCCCGGAGUGCCGGGCCGAGCUGCCCGGCUUUAGGAGGCUGCACCUGGCCAAGGGCGCUGGAGAUUACCUGGCCGUGGCCCCAGCGGCAGCAGCGGCUCCGAACAGCAUGCUGUGCAGCUAUUGCAACCGCAGGCAGGCUGUGAAAACCUGCUUGAAAUGUGAAGCCUCCAUGUGUCCCAUUCACCUGAAACUGCACACGGCCAACAGGGUGUUCAAAACCCACCCCCUGGUGGACACAUCGGCGGAUCUGUCCGUGUGGAGAUGUGCUGAACACGAGAGGCUUCUGGACAUUUACUGUAAAGAGGACAAGGUGUGCAUCUGCACCCUCUGCACCUUGAUAGGCAAACACAAGGGGCACAACUGUGGCAGCAUCAGCGAAGGGGAGCAGGAGCUCAGGGGCAACUUAGACCAUCAUCUGAAGAGCAUCCAGCGAAAUGUUGCAUCCAUCCAGAAAUCUCUCCGUGAUCUUCACACACAAAAGCUGAAUACUCAGAGCCUGAUAACAGAAACAAAGAGAGAAGUGAAGGAAAAGUAUGAUGCAUUGAGGAAACACAUUGAAAAUGAAGAGCAAGAUGUUUUCCAUUGUCUGGAUAAGGAGCAGAGCCGUGUGACAGCAGCUAUUGACAGCCACAUUCAAAAGCUGGAAAAGGAAAUCAAAUUCUUUGAGAUGUGUCUGGUUAAUCUCACAGACCUUUCACAGAAGAGGGAGAAACAUGCGUUUAUACAGGGAUUCAAUACAAUGGUAACCAGGAUAAAGAAUGCAUCGGAGCAGUUAACGUCCUCUCAGCCUGGCCCUUGUCUGGAUAAAAUAAAACUGGAUAGAAUAAAAAACCAUACACAGAAAAACUUUGAGCUGGUUUCCCAGGUGAAGAGGGACAGAGAUCGGUUGAUUUCUCUCUAUGGACAGAGACUGACCCUGGACCUCAACACAGCCCAUGCCCAGUUCAUCCUGUCUGAUGGAAACAGGACUCUGACUCUCUCACCGAAGAGGCAGUCUCUACCCAAGAAUACCGAGAGGUUUGACUGCUGCCAGCAGCUAUUGUGUGCUGAGGGAGUGAAAGCCGGCCGCUCCUACUGGGAGGUGGAGGUGCUGGGAGACAGCGGUGUGUGGAAAAUUGGCCUCUGUUACAGGAGCAUCAGCCGUAAGGGCAAAGGAACAGAGUGUUUACUGGGAAGGAACCACAAUUCGUGGUGUCUAUACUCAUUGGUGGGCUCUGUUUUAGCCCUUCAUGAUGACAAUGAUACGAAGCUGACAGUGGGAAACAUUUCCAGGGUGGGAGUGUAUGUAGACUUUGAGGCUGGGACCAUCUUGUUUUACAGUGUCUCUGAUAGGAAGCUCACCCUGGUGCACACCUUCCAAGAGCAAAACUUCACCGAGGCUCUCUACCCUGCCCUGCAGAUUGGUGACUUCACCACAUCGCUGUCUCUAUGUACGCUGAAAUAAUUUCCAAUCUGUGAUUGGUACAACACAUUCAGGAGGCCAUUCAGCCCAUUGUGCCUGAACUGGUUCUCUGAAAGUGCUAUCUGAUUAAACCCACAUGUUUCUUUUAAUUAAUAGCCUGGCACAUUUUCCCCAUCAAGUAUUUACCAAAAUUAUGAUUGGACUUGGGAAUUUAUAACUUUACUCCCUGCUUUAUUUUCGUUAUAUUAAACAGCCUCAAUGAGAACUGUGGGUACGUUACCCCUUUCAACUAAGUGUACUUCAAGCUGAGAGGAAUCCCUUAUGACAGGGUUUGUCAAUUUUAGUUUGCAGGGGUUACCCUUUGCAGCAUGAACAGAGAGAGCCCAAGCUGUGAAUGAGGACUGUGUGAUUGGUAAAGGAUGUGGCUUUUGAAAAUAGCCAGGGACAACCUUGUGAGAUCAUUGUGACUCUCAGCUGCCCUGUGCUCAAGUUUUUGGGUUGAUGGGGCUCCCAGAAAUCU